UCCCCGGAUUUGCUCAUCUCAGUUGUUCUUCAAUAAGAUCAUCACCCUUCGAGCUUGAGAAUUUUCGUUUUCCAUAGCCCAGAAAUGGAGAAUGUUGUGGGGCUGUGUAAGGAAGAAGAGAAAAUGAAUUUGCCUCCUGGUUUUCGGUUUCAUCCGACUGAUGAAGAGCUUAUAAGUCAGUACCUGUACAAGAAGGUCACUGAUUCCAACUUCUCAGCUAGGGCCAUUGGGGAGGUGGACUUGAACAGGUCUGAGCCUUAUUUGCCAUGGAAAGCCAAAAUGGGAGAAAAGGAGUGGUACUUCUUCUGCGUGAGAGACAGAAAAUACCCAACUGGUUUGAGAACCAACAGGGCCACUGAAACAGGAUACUGGAAAGCCACAGGGAAAGAUAAAGAGAUCUACAGAGGAAAAUCGCUGGUUGGAAUGAAGAAAAAACUGGUUUUCUACAGAGGAAGAGCACCCAAAGGAGAGAAAACCAACUGGGUCAUGCACGAAUACAGAUUAGAGGGUAAAUUCUCCGUCCACAACCUCCCUAAAACCGCGAAGAAUGAGUGGGUGAUAUGCAGGGUUUUUCAAAAAGGUUCGAGUGGUAAGAAAACCCAUAUUUCUGGGAUGAUGAGGCUGGAUUCUCUUGGGAAUGAAUUGGGUUCUUCUGGCUUACCUCCAUUGACAGAUUCGUCACCUUUCCCUGGCAACAAAACCAAACCUGUCGCAGAAUCGGCUUACGUGCCCUGCUUCUCCAAUCCAAUCGAUGCUCAGAUCAGAAACAACCAAGGAGGGAUCUUUGAUUCCUACAGCAACUUCCCUAAUUAUGGGGUUUCUUCGAAUCCCUCAGACACCCUUCCCAGAAUCCCAAUUUCUGGUUCGUUAUAUUCCACUCAACCACAUCAAGCUCCUUCAAGUUUAGCUCUACCCAAUUCUAUUUAUGGCCUGCAAGACCAGACCCUCCUCAGGGCCUUGCUUGAAAACCAAGAAUCAAACAGGAACAAUUUCAAGCCCGAGAGGGACAUGGUCAGUGUGUCCCAAGAAACAGGUCUUACCACUGACAUGAACCCCGAAAUCUCCUCGGUCGUGUCGAAUCUUGACAUGAGUCGCAGAACCUUCGACAAUCAGCAGCCGCAACCAACUGCCUCAUCUGCAGCAAUGGACUAUGAAGGUUUGUGGACUUACCGAGUUUAAAUUUAGGAAAGAAAGCAAGACAAAAGAUGAAGAGAGGAUGACAAAGAAAGAGCUCUCAGUCCAGUCGUUACCGUAUAUCAUCUGAAAUUGAUCUAGCUAAGUCUAUGUGCGUAGGAAUAAGUACAACUGUAAUGAAGUAAUGAUGGUGAAAACUGAAAUAUCCCGUCUGUUUAUGUUGGCUGUAAGAAAACUUGUGAAGUAAAAA